AUGGGAAACAGAGUUAAUUUAACAUAUGGUCUUGAUGGGCUUGCUGGGGGGACUGUUGCCUUGGCAUUUGUUGGAAUGUCAAUUGCAGUGCUUCCAAUAUGUCCUGAAAGCUUAUAUAGAAAGCUCGCCAUGAAAUGGCAUCCUGAUAAGAAUCCCAACAACAAGAAAGAUGCAAAGACCAAGUUCAAACAUAUCUCUGAGGCGUAUGAGGUUUUAAGUGAUCCUCUGAAGAGAGCCAUAUACGAUCAAUAUGCUGAAGAAGGUCUCAAAGGACAAGUGCCACCCCCUGAUGCAGCAGGGGGGUUCCCUGGUGGUGGUGCUACUUUCUUUCAAACUGGGGAUGGUCCAAAUGUGUUUAGAUUCAAUCCCAGGAACGCCAAUGACAUUUUGCAGAGUUUUUCGGGUCUUAUUGCAAAGAACGUAAAUGUAUACAAUUUCAUUGGUAGAUAUGAUUUUUAUAAUAUAGAUUGAUUGUUUCUAAGCAAACUUUUGAGUAAUUAAUAAAAAAUUAUUUUCUUGUAUUUUCUUUUGAAAA